AUGGCCGCCAACAAGCAGAGCAAGAUGCAAAACCUCAUCAACUACCGCAUGAGGGUGACCCUCAACGACGGUCGACAGAUGACCGGUCAAAUGCUGGCGUUCGAUAAGCACAUGAACCUCGUACUCGCCGAUACAGAAGAGUUCCGUCGCAUCAAGCGCAAGUCCAAGCCCGCCGCCGGUCCCACAAACACCCCGCUGGUCGAAGCCGAGGAGAAGCGAACCCUCGGCCUGACCAUCGUUCGUGGCACUCAGGUCAUCUCCUGCUCUGUGGAUGGCCCGCCGCCUGCCGACCCCUCUGCGCGACUCGGUACCGCUGGUCCGGGAGCCGCUGGCGCUGCUGCGACCCUCGCCGCCGGCCCCGGUAUCAGCAAGCCCGCUGGCCGUGGUCUGCCUGUCGGCCUCGGUGGCCCUGCCGCUGGUGUCGGGGGACCGCCACCUCCUGGUGGCUUCCCUGGUUUCCCGCCAGGUGGUUUCCCCGGUGCACCGCCGCCAGGAUUCCCCGGACGUGGAGGACCCCCGGGUGGACCCCCUGGAUUCGGACCCCCUCCUGGUUUUGCUCCUCCGGGCGGCCCUCCGGGCGCUUUCCAACCUCCGCCGGGCUUCCAGCCUCCGGGUCAGGGACGGGGAUACCCGCCCCCGGGCUUUGGCGGCAGAUGA